UUUCCAGUGUUACAACUAUGUCGAGCUGAAAUAUCGGAUAAGCAACCGGAGUGGUACUCUGCGAAUGUGAUUAAUGAUGGAUUCCAACCGAAGCCCAUAUCAGAACUCUUCUCGACUGAAUCAUCAUUUUCGUCAACGAAUCCUAUAAUAGUGCUGUCAAAAUCAAGUGAAAUUCCUGAUGAAAUUUCCCUUCUAUCAACGCUAAAACCGCCGACACGUAGUAUAUCUUCAACACUUGAAGAUUUUAUAAACAGUCUACCAACAUCUACAGUGCCUUCAACGGUAGCAAUAUCUGAGACGCCAUCGUCAUCCACGCCGCCAACCUCAUCUUCAACGAUUGCUGUUCAAGUUCAAACUGAACCUCAGGAGACAUCUGCCCCUCCUUUUUUGCCUAAUGUUCCUCCUGGGCCGCUUGAAAUACAGCUCGUUAUACCAUUUGUGACUAGAGAGCCCCCGUCGGUGCAACAAUCACAAAAUGCACAGCUUUCUCAGAUGGAACAACCAAUUUCUCCGGUGGGUCAAUUAGACCUAUCCGUUCAGGCACCUAUUCAACCAUUGAUAGUAUUUAAUCAAAGUACCAGCGGGGUACCUUCACGAUCACAGUCGUCGCAGAACCAAUCACAACAGAUUCGGUUGGAACUGGUCCCUCAAGUGCAAAACUUGCCUGUACUGCCCAUAUCCAAUGUACCAGAGAUAUCACCACAGCAGAUAGUCACCCAGUUGCCAAUACAAUCGUCAACACCCUCUCCUCAAUCAAAUUACUUUUUGAUUUACCAACAGGCGCCACAGAAUAUCCAAAAUUAUCCAUUACCCCAACCGUCUGGAGUUAAUUCACAAGUUCCAAUGAUUUCUGCCGUCACUACACAGCCUAGUAUACCCCAACCAAUACCGACAGUAUCACCGCCAUCUAUUCCUAAUUCACCUUCUCAAACAGUGCCGCCUACAGCUUCAUCGCCGUCACGAACGACGACAUCAGUUCCUUCGUCUCCUCAAACAGUCUCAACAGUUAUUAACACUAUGCCGGCAACGAGAACCCUGCCUACUACAAGCCCACUUGCUACUGCCAAUUGUCAAAACACAGCAAGACCUUUGCUAUCAACGGCGACUCCAAUACCUAGAACUGAGCCACCACUUUCAUUGCUACCAUUAAGAAUUCGGGUUAUAGCUCCAAGCGGUUCGAUAACUAAUGUAAACAUAAACCCGACAACUACAACGAAAAAACCGAAAACACCUCGGACCCGAAAGCCGAAGCCGAAAGCGAGGAAAAAUUCAUACGAUGUUUGUAUAGAUUCAUGUAAGGGACGAAGAGAUCCUAUAUGCGCUGGACCGUUAUCACCUGGUCUGAUAGAUCCGAAGGAUUUAAAAGGAUUCCCAUCGAUAUGUCAUAUGGCAUGUCACAAUUCCUUUAGAAAGGACACAUAUGAAAAGCUAGUGGACGGACGCUGCGGUAAGCUGCGCACGCGCAUACGGACUGUCGACUCUAACACCAAGCUCAAGAGAGACGAACUAAUCAAAUCGGAAUACACAUUGGACAACACAGGACCAAAGACUAUUUUUCAAUUUUCAGGAUCCAUCAAUUAGACUGAGAUUAAAUAAAACCAAUUAUCUACUAUACGAUAGAGAU